UGUUGACGAUUCCACCGUUCACAUCGUUGGAGAGACAAGGGUGUCCGUCAAGAUGCAAAUCUUCGUAAAGACCCUUACGGGCAAAACGAUCACCCUCGAGGUGGAGUCCUCUGACACUAUCGACAAUGUCAAGGCCAAAAUCCAGGACAAGGAGGGUAUCCCUCCUGACCAGCAGCGUCUUAUUUUCGCUGGCAAGCAGCUCGAGGAUGGCCGCACCUUGAGCGACUACAACAUCCAGAAGGAAUCGACACUGCACUUGGUGUUACGUCUCCGUGGUGGUGCAAAGAAGCGCAAGAAGAAGACCUACAACACCCCCAAGAAGAUUAAACACAAACGCAAGAAGGUCAAGAUGUCCAUCUUAAAGUACUACAAGGUCGACUCCGACGGCAAAAUUAAACGACUCCGUCGUGAGUGCCCCACCGCCGAGUGUGGUGCUGGCAUCUUCAUGGCUUUCCACAAGGACCGUCAGUAUUGCGGCAAGUGCGGUUUGACUUACACAUUUGAGGCUGGAACGAAGCCUCCUGUUUAAAGGUGCAACUGAGAGCUAGGUGGAAGUGUUGUCAGAUCUUAUGCAUUAUCGUACUGCCUUGUUCUCCCAUGUCAAUGAACUGCUUGACCACCUUGAUAGCCAUUUGAUGCCCCCAUAUUUAUGCCUGCCUUUCAUGUUCUCAAGCCCUCGACCAGAUGGAGACUUGUAUGUUCUUUUCCCUUUGAGUGAAU